AUGACGGACGCGACCGUCAUCCCGUACGAUGCCGCUGGCGCGUCGGCGCGAGCCUGCGGCUCGGUGGAGGGCUCCACGCUCGGCGCGGCGGAGGCGCUCACCGUCGAGCGGGCGCGGGCGCUGCUGCGCGGCGGCGCGGACUCUUCAGCCGGCGAGCCUUCUGCCCUCAAGCGGGCGCGCGUCCUCUGCGCGUGGGGCGAGUCGGAUCCGACCGCUGCGGCCGUCGGUUCCACAGUCAAGAUCCGCUCUCUCGUCUCGCGGCCCUCGAUGAACGGCAAGGUCGGCGUCGUCGUCUCCGCGAGUGCUUCGACGUGCCGCUUCGGCGUGCGCGUGGCGGGCGAGGCCAAGGCACUCGCACUGAGGCGCGCCAUGCCAGCGGCCGAGGCGGUGGAGGUGGGCAGGCUGGUCCUCAAGGCGGCGGAGUGGUCGCCGCAGUCGCACGAGCUCUUCCCGGAGGCGUCUCGCAAGCGGGCGGUCGAGGUGAUGCGACUGGGCUACCUGAUCGCGUGGGACGAGGAGCGCUUCGACGGCCGCGAGGGAGCGGCUCCGGAGCUGGCGGACGUCUGGCGCGGCUUUGUGCUGCCAAGGGUGGUGGCACGAUGA